GAAAACAAAAUACGAGCACAUGGCAAUCUGACAUAAUUUCGUGAUGUUUAAUUGUUUAAAGAUAUAAAAUAUCCUUGUUGCUACUUAUCCUCGUUAAUUUAAAAAAAGAUAAUGAGUACUCUGACUUUUAACGGCAGCAAUUUUUUUCGCCAGCGGCUCUUACUUUCGACGCUGAGUGGGAAGCCGAUCACCAUUAAAAACAUUCGCAGUGAAAGCGACGAGCCUGGGAUUAAUGAAACUGAAGAGAAAUUCCUGAAGUUGCUGGAUCGCCUCACGGACGGUUCUUCUGUCAUCCUCAAUGAAACAGGCACCACCCUCAGGUAUUCCCCUGGCCUGUUGCUGGGUGGCAAGGUGGAGAUGGAUUGUGGGGAAGGGCGCUCCCUUGGAUAUUACCUAGAGCCCCUCCUCUGCUUGGGCCCCUUUUGCAAGAAGCCCCUUGAAGUCACCUUAAAGGGGAUCACCAAUGACAACCAAGACCCUUCGGUGGAUGCAAUCAAGCUGUCCUCUCUCCCCCUCCUCAAGCGCUUCAUCGUGAACGACGAAGGCCUGGACCUGGUGGUGGUGGGGCGGGGGAUGGCUCCCCUAGGGGGAGGGGAGGCAGUGUUCCGGUGCCCUGUGGUGCGCGGGGCCCGGGCCCUGCAGUGCACAGACCCCGGGAAGGUGAGAAGGAUAAGGGGGGUGGCCUAUGCAGUGCGCCUUUCUCCCACCAUGGCCUCUCGCAUGGUGGACGCCGCCAAGGGCAUUUUGCUCAAGUUCAUCCCAGACGUCUACAUCUACACGGACCACUACAAGGGCAAACACUCCGGGAAGUCUCCAGGUUUUGGCUUGACCCUUGUAGCGGAGACAACUGGGGGCAGCUUCUACUGUGGGGAGGCCUGCUCUGAGCCCCAGGGCUCGGAAAAGGAUUUCGUGGUUCCGGAAGAGAUCGCCAGACGAGCCGCCUAUGAGCUGUUAGAAGAAAUCUAUCGGGGUGGCUGUGUGGAUUCCAGCAACCAGAUGCUGGCCUGCCUCUUCAUGGCCCUGUCCAGCACAGACGUGUCCAAGACCAAGAUGGGACCCCUCUCAGACUACACCAUUCAGUUCCUGCGCCACAUCGAGGACUUCAUGCAGCUGCGCAUGAAACUGGAGACAGAUCACAGUGAUCAGCUCAGGUUGGGCACGCACAAGGUCACAGUGACCUGCAUCGGUACCGGGUUCAACAAUGUGAGCAGGGUUGUUUCAUGAAGCUUCUUGUAUUUUUGUUGAUAAUAAAGUUUUAUUUUGUGUAA